GUUCAUGAAGAAGCUGAUUCUGGUUAUUGUGUUACCGCUCAGCUUGGCUGUUUUCUUUGUUGUGGUUAUUUGUCUGAAGUUUCGACCAAUCUUCAGAGCUGAAAAGCCAGAUCAAAUCGAAAAGGUAAAGGGCUGAUACUUAAGGAUGCAUCUGCUUGUCACAGACUUAGAAGCCUACUAAGGACGAAGAUACACAUGAAUACCACGGUAUAUAUGUAAUAAACUGUUUAGUUCUUCGCCUGUUGGGCGUGAGAUAUUCACUGACGGUUAAUUCGGGCAUUCAUAAUUGCGAGUUAAUGCUAUAAACUGAUUUCAAGGAAGCGUGCAGACUGAUCACGCUUCUUAUCUUAGGUACAUCUGCUGUAACCCCUUUAAAAUAAAAACAAACAAACAAAUAAAAAAUAGUAUUCACAACUAAAGCUCCUAGAUCUCGCGUCUAAUAGGGAAAAAUUGGUACGUUAUUGACAGCUGUUUUGCUAUCACAUUUACAGACAGAAAUGUUGUUGCAAGGAGACUGGGUCGAGCUGGAAAGAUCAGAGGUUAAACUUGACGAAAUGCUAGGUGAGGGUGCCUUUGGUGAAGUUUAUAAGGGUGAGGUACAAAUUGGUGAAGAAAAGAGGCCGUGUGCAGUGAAGAAAGUUAAAGGUAAAAUCGUGUUCAUUGCAUUACUUGUCUCCUAGUAUUUAGUCCUCACAAUAAAAGCAGUUUACAGUCAUCAUCAUCAUCAUCAUCAUCAUCAUCUAUUCUAUAGCAAAGGUAACCGUUGUCCAAAUAUUAUUACAAUUUAUGAAAUUGUCAAUCUAUGCUGUAGGCAUGUCUUCCAGCAUUUUCGUUCCUCGUACGUUUGUAAGACCUUCGUUCUAGGCUGGAAUCCUCCUUUCUGCUCUGUAACACUAAUGUCUUAAGCGGUGACAAUUCUCCUUCUGUUCUCUACUGCAGAAAACGCAACAACGCUAGAAAAACGGGACCUUUUGAAUGAGCUUAAAAUUAUGGUCACAGUUGGUGAACAUUCAAAUGUUGUAAGUCUCAUCGGGGCCUGUACAAGGAAUGGUGAGUAGUGGACAUUUCUAGUAGUCAUUUUAAAACUUGAUUUCAGUAGACGUAGAAUGGAUUUGAAUGAGAAUUUUUUUUUACCCUUCAUAGUAUCUUCAAGGGUGAGGUUUACUUUGCAAGGCCAUUUAAACAGUUCUAAUAAUGUGUCCGCAACGCUGGGUGACAUGGGAAGGGAAUUUUAAGUAAAAAACAAACAAAUAAAAUAACAAAAUAACGACUUAGUAGUGUCUUCUGUCCAUCUAUGUUGCAUGAAGUUCGACCAGUUUGUUAGAUCUCAUGAACAGGCCUCGCGCUCAAGUCACAAGGCUUUUGGUUAUCAAUGUAGAAGAGUUCUUUAAAGGGAAGGUCAGUGUUUCCAGGCUAUCACCAAACAAUGUAUUUAAAUGAAAUUAUUAUAUAAUCAUUUUUUUUUUCAUCAGAGCCAAUACUAGUGAUCGUCCGACUGGCAGAAAAUGGCUGCUUGUUGAGUCACCUUAGGAAAAAUCGAGAACGUCAAUACAUCAAUUUUAAAGCGGAGAGCGCCGUACAUUUCACGUCUGUCGAUAAAAUCACGAUUGCUAGAGAUGUGGCCAAUGGAAUGUUACACCUGUCAAACAAAAAAGUAAAAAUAUAUAUAUUUUUUGUAUUUUACAUUUCCCUUAACACCCAUUUUUAUGCAAAUUAUACAUGGUUUCGCAUCCGUCAUCAUCAUCAGUAUCACCAUCAUCAUUAUCAUCAUUAUCGUCAUCAUCAUCAUCAUCAUCAUCAUCAUCAUCAUCUAUCAUCAUCAUCCAUCAUCAUCAUAAGGAGCAGCAGCAUCAGCAUUAGCGUCAUCAUCAUCAUUUAUAAUGGUCAUCAUUAGAUAAUAACAUUAGUCGACCCCAUUCUCUAUAAGUUGUUUCAAGGCGGUGAUCAACACUUAGUCGCGACAUAAAAUAUAAACGUAUUUGAACUCGUUUUGUUUCAGUGUGUGCACCGUGACCUUGCGGCCCGGAAUGUGUUGCUCGGCAAGAAUAACGCUGCUAUGGUUUCUGAUUUUGGUCUGUCGCGUGACGUGUAUGAAAGUGGCGAAUACGAAAACACAUCUGGGGUAGGAUUAAAUAACUAUUAUUAAUGGCACUUAAAUCGAUUGCUAUCGUCUACCAGCUCCUCAGCUUCAUUCGUCUUUUACUUUCUGCUUCUUAUAUCUUUUACUUAAAGGGAAUGCUACCUGUUCGAUGGAUGGCCAUCGAGUCUCUAGAGGAUUACAUCUACACUACCCAGACUGACGUGUAAGUUAUCCUGCUUUUCAAUCUCACAGUCAUUAUUUAAAACUUCCUGGCAUCCGUCUGUCUAGGUGGAAAAUGGAAUCAGCGCCAUGGUUUAGUCAGUGGUUAAGUUGUAGCGCCUGCUGUGGCUGUUCAGCCCGAUUCCAGAUCGGCAGGCUAUGUUGAAGGUUAAUGUUCCGUGCUUAGCUAUGUGGGUAUUGAUGCUGCCCUCAGCCGUCUGCGCUCUCUCCUCUGUUGCCACUGCUCCCCUCUUUUCUCCUAACACGCCUGACUGUCUGGCUUGACAGCAAGCCUCCAGUGACUUCGAUCUGCUGCCACUGCUUUUCAACCUGCAAGGUUGAUAUUGCCUGCCUUCAGAUAUCGUUGACAAAGGUCUUUGAAACGAAAGGUAGGCCUUCCUGUAGGUCUAGUUCCAGUUGCAAGCUCACCUUUGAGUAUGCCCUUAGGAAUUCUCCCGUCCCGUCCCGUCCCAAUUAAGCCGUCUCUGACGAACGAGGUCAACAUACUAGGUACUCCCACCUGUGCUAGGUCAUCCUUGUUUGUGACUCGGUCUUGCCAGCUGAUGCUUAAAAUCCUUCUGAGGCAGUGCGGGUGGAGGGCGUUGAGUCUGCCUUCUAGGUGGCCGGAGUGGAGGGUCCAGGUCUCUCUACCUUAGAGCAGCUUGCUAAGCACGCAGGCCUGGUUUACCUUAACAUGGUAGUGCUGCUGCUUUACUAAUACGUUUGUGUUGUUCAGUGUUUAGGGAGAUCAGAGGUUAUUUGAACUUGAAAAUGCAACAAAUGUAAACUGCAUGCAUACCCAUUGCUCUAUGACAACUUUUGGCAUCUUUCCUGCAAAGUUCAUGUUUUGUAUUGUCUUGUAAUGUACAGUGUACAUCGGGUACGCAGGCUUUUUAAUUUCCGCGUAUGUAACCGCGUUUUGGUGUGCUAAUGUCAUGGAGUCAAAUCACCGCUCUCGAAGCUAUGCUUUCUACACGUAGUUUUCAAAUACUACAGGAACUUGCAGAAACGCGAAAUAAAAUAAUAAUCAAAAGGCAUUGAGUUAAUUUAGACAGAGGUUGUGUUUUUUGUGCCUUGUACUGGCGGAGACAAGCGAAAACAUAAGCAGGGAAAUAUUGCCCCGGGACGAUAACAUUUACUCACUUUCUGAGUCUUUUUUCAGCCUAUUUAUCUAAGUCCCUUCUUAGGCCCUUCGGAGGGGGGCGGGGAUUUACAUUGACUGGUGCAUUAGUGACAUCCUUCUCACAGAGACGCAGCAGUACAUUUCAUCACGAGGUUUUGUCCAGCUAAACAUUUUUUAACGUGUAGUUGAUUAUUAUUGGAGCCUGUGGUUUCCUUAGAGUUUCUGCUUAUUUUGUAUAGAUUCGGUGCAGUAUAGACAUGAAAACUUUUUUUUUUUUUUAUUCUCUUUCUCUCUCUUAAGAUGGUCAUUUGGAGUUGUGCUGUGGGAAAUAGAGUCUGGAGGUAGAAAUAAGACUAAAUUCAACAAACAUUUAUUAGGAAAAACUGAUUACGGAUCUGUGCUUCCGCGCAAUUGAUCGACGUCCUUUGUUUUCCUACACAUAUCGGUGCCCAGAUCAACCUCUAGUCCAUUAUAGAUUUGAAAUUUAAGGCUACACGAUAACAGUUAUGAUAUGCAUGAUGAAAUUUUUACAAGGCGAAAGGUGAAAGGCAAAAUUACUGCUAAUGGUAGAAUAGGCCCUUUUAAAGUUAUAAAUGGAAACAGGCUAAAUUCGACCUUGUUUUCUUACCGUAAAUACUCUAUUAAGCCCCCCAGUCUCAAAUAGGCCCCCUCCUUCUAAUAAGCACCCCCAUCCUUUUCACUGGAAAACGUUAAUAAGCCCCUCUUCUCAAUUAAGCCCCCCUCCGCUCCCCUAAUUAUUCUUCACUAAUAAAUGAGAGACCGUAUUAAUAAAUUAUGACUGUAAAACUUCGUGUAGACUGAUCUGGGAUGGAUAAUUUACCAAUUGACUUUACGUUCGGAUUUGAUUCUGAUCCUCGGCUGAAUGACUUCCAACCUUCUUGUUCUUGAGCUUCUCCAUUUUGUAUUCUAGAUCUUUAUGGAGAACUGAUAACAUCGUAUUUUCUAAAUUAAAUAAGCCCCCUAUCAAAUAAUUCCCCCGUCUCUAUUAACCACCUUAAAAUGGAUUUGAAAUAAAUAAGUCCGGGGGGGGGGGAGGCUUAAUAGAGGAUUUACGGUAUGUAGAUUAUGUUUCACUUUCCAUAAAAAAAUAAUAAUAAAUUUAAAAAACGAAAAACCAAAGGUUUGUAUCAAAACAAAGUCAACCUAAGUCUCACAUUCACUCAAAGGCUAGGGUACUAAUCCGAGAACUGUAAAAUGCUGGGACUAUAGUGAUUUUCAACAUUAUUUCAUAUAAUAAUUAUAAAUUGUAAUAAUUUCUGGCCUCGUUAGCAUGUGCAAAAUUCAAAAUAAUUGUUACCUUCAAACGAGACCAGAAAGGCUCCUGAUACAUAUAAACGAAUAAAUAAAUUGGCCACCAGUUGUGAAAGAGGUCUAUUGCAAUUAUGACUAGUAUGCCAGUGAACGUAAUUAAACUGUCUUACGAUAGUAAAAAAAAAGGAGAAAAAAAAUAGAAGAAGAAGAAGAUAAAAACGAAUUCUUUAAAUAAUUAUUAAUUAAGUAAAUCACACUUCUAAUAUAUACUACCACAACAAAACUGUCCUUAAGUAACUAAAACAUUUAAAGUAAAUUUGUCUAUUCGGAUAACACAUUUCCAUUAAAAAAAUGUUUUAAAAGGAUUUAUUUCUAUGUGUAAAAGAUGUACAGUUGAAAUAAGUCUGUCUCAUCAUAGGCGCAAAUUAAAUUAACGACGCUGACUAUAAUAUUAUCAACACUGCCACUCACCAAGAUAAGGUGAAGCGUGAUAGAAACCGUUAAGGCAAAGAAAAAUUUGAAAAAGCGAAAAAAGUAAAAUAAAAUAAGAAACUGACAUCACUUCAUAUCCGCUAUAAAAUUGCUCAUCUAAUGUGUCUUUGUUAUAACUAAAAGCGCCGGGUUCUUGACCCUCUCAAGCACAUGUUUGCAGAUCUCAAAAUUUCAACACUAAAGCGUGUUCUUAACCAAGUCAUUGUGGAUGCAUAAUCUUCUCCAGUUUUAAGCGGGAGUUUGCUCCCUAGAUUUUUUUAGAAAAAGUUGGCUUUCAGUACCCAUACUACCAUUUUAUAACAACAACAACAACAACAAUAAUAAUGAUAAUAAUACUUAUUAAUAAAUAAAGCCUGGGCAGCUGAAAUAAGUUGCCCGUGGGUGGAUAAUCGUGGAAAGAAGGAUGAGGAGAAGACAGCCAAGUACGGUUAUCUUUCUGUAUUAUUGUAGGUUUUUUUUUUUUUUUUUGAUUUUGCCCUUGCAACAUUCCAUAACACAGUCCGUUUUUCAGGGUAGUUUAGUUCCUUGUAGGCCACACGCUGUGCACCCUACAUGAUUAACAGUUUGCAUUCUUACGUUUUAUACUGCAUAAUAACAUUAAUAAUAAUAAUAAUGAUAAUGUUCUUUUAUGGCCUUCCCAAUUAACAAUUGUCAGAACUAUGUCCAUUUUUUUUUCACUUGUUUUUUGUCUUUUUAUUUUUUUCUGUUUUAGGAAGAAAGCCAUAUUCCGGUUUGGGAGGCAUAGAGAUUGUGGACUUUUUGAAGUCCGGAAAGAGGUUACAACAACCGGAUGGUUGCUCAGAUGAGAUGUAA